AUGGAACACAACGGACCACCGUCUCCAGCUCCUUCGAACGAUGACAUCUACCCUAACGGACUACCUCACUUGAUACGCCAGACCGGAACGACAUCAUACCCAAGAGAACAUUUGCAUCCGCAUGAUAUGGGGGGGCAUCAAACUCCAUCUCGAUACGGUACGCCUGGUUCUCAACAAGAUAUGCCGUACGAUCAUCUCUCACCGUACUCUCACCGUGGAAAUGAGAGUCAGAUGAUUAAGCAGUCAUAUCACCAUUCUGGCUACGACACGAGUGGCAGCACCCUUUAUGGGCCACUUUCAGGGGAGCUGAGCCAUCAGCCGUAUAGCACUCCUGACACAUCACCGCCAACCCCAUCCCGUGCGUCUGAUAUGUUGACAACCCGGAGCGGACUCAACAUUCACAAGGGAUCUUCCACCAUCAAGCCUCUCGCAGCUCGCGCCAGUCGUGUAGAGAAGUCAACUCCUAGGAAGAAGAAAGAGCGAGCCAAGUCAUCCAAGAAGGUCGAAGGCGUGCAGAAACCACUGAGCGAGCUAGCAAGGGAACAACCCCAAAUUUUAGUGGCAGAUAUUGAGGCUUAUGUCCAGCGGUCUGCAGAAACGCGGAUGAAGGAAGUUGAGGAGAGCAAGACACCCGGCAGGAUCAAGCGACCCAUGAACGCCUUCAUGUUGUACCGAAAGGCGUACCAGAAUCUCGCCAAAAGUCUCUGUACUCAAAACAACCAUCAGGUUGUGUCCCAGGUCUGUGGCAGCGGCUGGCCACUGGAGCCUGAGCAUAUUCGUGAUCAAUUCAACGAAUGGGCUAAGAUCGAGCGGGCAAAUCAUCAGAAAGCUCAUCCAGGUUACAAGUUCACACCAUCAAAACCAAGACCCAAAAUGAGGGACGGUGAGGGAGAUUCCGACGAAGGCGAUCUCGAUGACUUGGACUGGGGCAACAGUCGAGCAAAUUCGAGAAGCAGGCAAAUCAAAAAGCCAGGACUCGGCCGCCAUGAUGCGCCGUCAUCCAUUUUCCAUAACUAUCCUCCACUUUCGGGAAGUCCAAUGGGGCUUGGGGUGCACACUCAAUCCAUGUAUCAUUAUAGUAACCCAGGAAAGCCUCUCCCAGCGCCGUAUAGCCAGACCGGUAUUGGGGGAAGCCACUAUUACCAACAAAGCGUCCAUCAACGGCAGGACGCAACAGGCUUUGUCGAGGACGUACUCAUCAGAAAAACGCCAUCGCCAGCAAUGGGUUAUGCCGCGCCACCAUUGGACAGCCGGUUCGACAGUCUGGGCCAAUACGGUCCUAUGUCGCACCAUGAUGGGCUCGAGCCUAUGAUUGACCCAGGCUUGAUGGGUCAUGGAGGUCAUCCAUACGGUGACCCGUACGGAGAUCCCAUGUUAGAGCCAAGAUGGACAAAUCCACUCGGUUUUGGGGACGGAAGACAAGACUUGCUCGACGGUUUAUCCAGCUAUGACGAGAGUCUCAUGCACGAUCCCCAACUUCAAAUUUUGAGGGGACAGGAGAGUAGUUGGAGAGUGGAGGAGCUUGAGGGGAGUCACUUUAACAACUGGAUAGAUCAGCCAGAAUGA